AUGAUGUGCCUGCUGCCUGGAUAAUUACAGCUCCAGACGCCCAUUGGCAGAGCAGGGAGCAGCCACUUCCUCCUUUUGCUGCAGCUGUAUCCCUGCCUGGGUAGCCCCUCCUCCUCCUCCUCCUCUCCCCGUCGGAGCCUGCCUUGCCUUGGCUGCCUGCUUGGAACUUCGCGCUCGCCUUGGUCCUUCUGCCAACUUUUCCCUGCCGCGACUCGGCGGGAAGUUCUGUUCCCGGCUCCCAAGGGCGCCGCUGUGGGCAGCCCAGGCACCGUCGGAAGGGGAGCCGGGCGCUGGGAAGAUGCGGCCGGGUGCAGCGCAGUGAUUAGAGCGCGGGACCCCGGCGAGGGGCUUGUCCUCCUCCGCCAGCACCGCUUGCAGCUUCAGCCAGAGCAACAGCAGCCGCUGCAGCAAGCCCAUGGAUGGGAAGUUCUUGCUGCUCCUCCUCCUUUAGCCGCGUCUGGGGAUCCCACACCGCCCCCCCGCCCGCUUUGCCUUUGUCUGCGGUGCUAUGAGGAGGUUUUUCCAUUGCCACCAUGGAAUGGGGCAAGCAGCAUUUUGAGUGAUCCUUCCUUUCAUGUGCAUCCUGAAAUAAUGUCCUUGAGCUUGGGGGACUUUCAGAGAGAUCAGUAAGAAGCACAAGUGGCAGAAGAAGGAAGAUCCACAAUGAUAAAUGGACUUAUGAUUCUUCCUGUAAUAAUGAUGGUGUUCUUUCCUUCACCCAGCAUGGAAGAUGAUGAGCUGAAACCAACCAUGGAGGAGUAUUUUUGUGUGUGCGAAGGCAUGUCCUGUGGGAAUGGAGACCACUGCAAAGGCUGGAAGUGCUUUGCCUCCUUGAGUAUCAACAAUGGUGCUCCAGUGUAUCAGAAGGGCUGCUUUCGAGGAUAUGAACAAGGCAAGAUGACUUGCAAAACUCCUCCCACUCCUGAUCAAGCAGUCGAAUGCUGUGAGGGAAACUUUUGUAAUGUGAAUAUCACGGCACAGCUGCCUACAAAAGGGCAUCCGCUUCACGGGGUAGCCGUGGGUUACACCAUGGAGACGCUUGUCGUUUUUAUACUGGCUCCGGUCAUGGUGCUGUUCAUAUUUUCUGCAGUGGCUGUGCUGAUUAUCCGAAAAGUGCAGCAGCACCAUAUGGAGCGGCUCAAUUCAAGGGAUGCAGAAUACGGAACAAUUGAGGGACUCAUAGCCUCAAAUGUGGGUGACAGCACACUGGCAGACUUGUUGGACCAUUCCUGCACAUCUGGGAGUGGCUCGGGUCUUCCUUUCCUUGUGCAAAGAACAGUGGCUCGCCAGAUUACGCUGUUGGAAUGUGUAGGAAAAGGACGAUAUGGGGAGGUCUGGAGAGGACAGUGGCAAGGAGAAAGCAUUGCCGUGAAGAUCUUUUCUUCCCGAGAUGAAAAGUCCUGGUUCAGGGAAACGGAAUUAUACAACACUGUCUUACUGAGGCAUGAAAACAUUCUAGGUUUUAUAGCCUCGGAUAUGACCUCUAGGAAUUCCAGCACUCAGCUGUGGCUGAUUACACACUACCAUGAGAUGGGCUCCUUGUAUGAUUAUCUACAGCUCACUACACUGGACACAGUGAGCUGCUUGCGGAUAGUCCUGUCCAUAGCUAGUGGCCUUGCACAUUUGCACAUAGAGAUAUUUGGGACCCAAGGAAAACCUGCCAUUGCUCAUCGAGACCUGAAGAGCAAAAAUAUCCUGGUGAAGAAAAAUGGACAGUGUUGCAUAGCAGAUUUAGGCCUUGCAGUCAUGCACUCCCAAAGCACCAAUCAGUUGGAUGUGGGGAACAACCCCCGCGUGGGAACCAAGCGCUACAUGGCUCCAGAAGUCUUAGAUGAAACCAUCCAAGUGGAUUGCUUUGAUUCUUACAAAAGGGUCGAUAUUUGGGCAUUUGGACUGGUCCUUUGGGAAGUAGCAAGGCGUAUGGUUAGCAAUGGUAUCGUUGAAGACUACAAACCUCCCUUUUAUGAUGUAGUUCCUAAUGACCCUAGUUUUGAAGACAUGAGAAAAGUAGUCUGUGUGGAUCAGCAAAGGCCAAACAUUCCCAACAGAUGGUUUUCAGACCCUACGUUAACUUCUCUUGCCAAGUUGAUGAAAGAGUGUUGGUAUCACAAUCCAUCAGCAAGACUAACAGCUCUGCGUAUUAAAAAGACCUUGACCAAAAUUGAUAAUUCCUUAGAUAAGCUCAAAGCUGACUGUUGAUGUCAACGCCUGAUCUGACAAGACACAAAGGCUUUUGUCCAGCACAGAAGUAUGGCUUGAUUUCUAGGAUUUGGUCCCAAGUGGCUUCAUACAUAGGCAACGUUGUUUACCUGCCCAGCCAUUUGAAUGGAGUAGAACCAUGUGAGCCUUAAUUGGUGACUGUCAUGGCAUUUUACAAAUGGCCAAUCUAUAAAGACAAUGCUGGAUCUACAGUGGCCUAUGAAAGGAAGACAGAGAAAUCCUAAGACACAAUUGGGGCAUUACAACCAUGGCUUUUAACUGCUUUUUUUAAUUUCAUAAAAAGAAACGAAAAGUAAAGUGUCUUCUUAUUGCUCUCAAGGUAAACCCAUGGAAGUGGUCAAUUCUAAUCAGCAAUAUUGCCUGUGCUUCUCUUCUUUAUUGCACUAGGAAUUCUUUGCAUUCCUUACUUGCACUGUUACUGUUUAAUUUUAAAGACACGAGUUGCCAAAAAUAUGAUUGGCUAUGUAUGCAUUGAUCUUUGUUUUGAAUAAUAGGAAAUCAAUUUGGGGAAUCCAAUGUAACCGACUCUCAUUUUUAUUUUUAUUUUUUUGGUAAGCUGCAUUUUACAUAUGUGUACUGUUUACAAUAAUGCUGGACACUAGGAAUUGUUUAUAAGGAAACUCGCAAAUUUUAUUUAUUACUAGUGCACUUAACAGUUUUAAGAAAACUGAGGAUAGUGCAUACAGUUAAAGCUUAUUUUUAUGUGGCUUCUAUAAUUUCUUACGGACUUUUUUGUAACACGGUAUAACCUGAAACAAUCCCUCUUCGUCUCCCCCCCCCCCAAUUAUUAUCAGUUAUACAUUUUAAUCACCUUUUUAAGUGCUUCACAUUUUAUAUGUGUGUGGUCUGUAACAUAUAUUUUCAGUUCAAAAUAUGCAAAACAUUUAUAUAUAAAUAUAUAUAUAUAUCUAAAUAUAAAGCCAUUACCCAAAUGAUGCCACAUCUAGUACCUUUAUUGAUCUAGAGGAGGCGAGUUGCAGAGAAAGGUGGUAAGUCAUAGAUGAUAUGAGAACGUGCAUUUUUCUUCUAAGCUAUCUAUAAUGUGCAUUUAUGCUCUACUGGAGGGAAAGCUGUUUUUCUUUUCUCUUUGUAUUUUGCAGCCAUUGUAUAGAUGAAAUAGAAUAUAUUCAAGUCAAAUGGAAAAAAGUGUCCCCCUAGUUCUCUCGGUGCAUAAGGUCAAUGCUAUACAGUUUGCAUCACCAGCAUGUGUCCACUUAGGAUUCCCAACCAUUGAUGUGUUUGUGAGUCAGAUGUGUUGCCAGCAAACCAGUGUGGUGGAUGAGGCAUCAUGGAGACACACCAGAGGAAUCCUCUUAUACAGGCAACACUGCUGUUGGAGGUCCAUGCGGGAGCCAUGACUUCACAAUAACCUGCAUUUUGUGUGAUGUAUGAACAACUCACAUCAUACUGUUCUCAUCUCUUAUUUUUAAUCUUGGGUUUCCUAAAAAAUUUUUAUUCCAGUGCCUUGCCUUGCCUUACCCAGCUGUUCUUCCUAUUGAACUCUCCCAGUUAAAGCUAAAUCUGUUGAAUGUAUCAGUGGUUGCUCUAUAAUCCACUAAACCAGCAUAAUGCCAGGAGCUUGUCAAACAAGCUGAAUGAACAUUGUUUCUCGCAGAGUUAAACAAGACGGGGCUAUUGUGACUUCAGUUGUACGUCAUUCUGUUUGUUAAGCACUCCAACGGCAGCCCUUUCAUGAGCAGCGUGCAAAAACUUUAGUUCGUCCAGUUAAUGUUAAGCACUGCUUUUGUCACUGAAUGAAGAAGAAAUAGUCCCUCAUCUGAGACAGGGCAGGUAUGUCAUGAUUUACUGCCCAGAACAUCCUGCGCUAUGUCCUCCUCUCCCAUAAGAUCUGGACAUACAAAUGCUAUCUAUGUAGUGUGGAAUCUUGCCUUGUGGUUUCAAGGUGAGAUGUGACAUGAUCCCACAUUGGAAAGCUCUCCCAUGUCAAAAGUGCCUUGUACUUGAAAAGCUAGUUCAAACAGUUCUCCUUGACAUGCUAGUUUUCCAUCUGCAAAGAGAUUUGAGACAUGGGGAAAUUGUGGUGUAAAUCCUUCACCUGUAGUUAGAAGUGGUGCAGUUUCAGGAGUGCACUCCUGCCGCCUCUCCAUGUUUGAACCUGUUCUGAGAGCGCAGCACACCUGCUCAUGCAACUUGACAGAAAACAGUCUGUAGAAAACUGUGUUUGAUGCAUUUGUUUCUGGGAUUUCCAUGGUUCUGAAGUCUGACCUCAGUAAUUUUCUUUUGUUUUGUUUUUAGAGUUAUGAUUUGUCCAAAUAACUUCCAUUCUGUUAAAAGUGGUGUUUGCCAAGUUAUUCAAAUUGAGGAAAGAAAACUAGAAUAUCCCUUCUUACUUUCAGUUAAACCGUCAUUAAUCUUCCCACUGGGGAAAAGUGGCAAUCACUCUAAUAAACUUUAGUUUUUGAUCUA